AUGCCGCACUUCACGGUGGUGCCGGUGGAGGACAAGGCGCGGGCCGGCUACGACGCCUUGGAGGGGCUGAGCUGGGUGGACUACAGCCAGCCCGGGGAGGACGGGGCGCCCCGCCAGCGCGACCCCUACGACUCGGUCAGCUCCGACGGACAUGGAAAUCAUAAAGAAAGUAGCCCCUUCCUCAACACGCCAGAUCAAGGCAAAGGAGAUUACUAUGACCGAAACUUGGCUUUAUUUGAGGAAGAACUGGAUAUUCGCCCCAAAGUGUCUUCUUUAUUGGGCAAAUUGGUCAGCUACACAAACCUCACUCAAGGAGCCAAGGAACACGAAGAAGCGGAAAAUGCCGAAGGCGCGAGAAGUAAAGUUUCAAAAUCUCCCAGCAUGGGGACCCUGAUGGGUGUCUACCUGCCAUGCAUGCAGAAUAUUUUUGGGGUUAUCCUCUUUCUUCGGCUGACAUGGAUAGUGGGAACAGCAGGUGUCGUCCAGGCCUUCCUUAUUGUCUUAAUCUGCUGCUGCUGUACCAUGCUGACAGCUAUAUCAAUGAGUGCAAUUGCCACAAAUGGUGUCGUUCCAGCUGGUGGUUCCUACUUCAUGAUUUCAAGAUCAUUGGGUCCUGAAUUUGGAGGUGCUGUGGGACUGUGUUUCUACUUGGGAACCACAUUUGCAGGUGCCAUGUACAUCCUGGGUGCCAUUGAGAUCCUACUAACAUAUAUUGCUCCCCAGGCUGCCAUUUUCCAUCCAACUGGGGCCCAUGAUACUUCCAAUGCCACCCUGAAUAACAUGCGAGUCUAUGGGACCUUAUUUCUCACCUUCAUGGCUCUUGUAGUCUUUGUGGGUGUAAAAUACGUUAACAAGUUCGCUUCACUCUUUUUGGCUUGCGUCAUCAUUUCCAUCUUAUCCAUCUAUGCUGGGUCAAUUAAAUCCAUCUUCAGUCCACCUUUUUUCCCGGUGUGCAUGCUGGGCAACCGGACUCUUUCCAGGGACCAGUUUGAUAUUUGUGCCAAAACGAUGGUGGUCAACAAUGUGACGGUACCCACCGAUCUCACCAACCUCUUUUGCCCGGGUUACAACAUAACCUCUGGCCACUGCGAUGAAUAUUUUCAUUUAAAUAACGUAACUGAGAUUGUCGGUAUCCCGGGAGCUGCAAGUGGAAUUUUGAAAGAUAAUGUCUGGAGCAAUUACUUGGAGAAAGGCGAGAUCCUGGAAAGAGCGGGCUGUCCGUCCGUUGACGUAGCUGGAAAUAAGAACAACCUCCACUUGUACGUCUAUGCGGACAUUGCAACUUCCUUCACUGUCCUCGUGGGCAUCUUUUUCCCCUCUGUGACUGGCAUCAUGGCCGGCUCCAACCGAUCAGGAGACCUCAAGGAUGCCCAAAAGUCUAUUCCAGUGGGAACCAUUCUUGCUAUUGCCACCACAUCUCUUGUCUAUUUCAGUUGUGUAUUGUUGUUUGGAGCUUGCAUUGAAGGCGUUGUUCUUCGAGAUAAGUAUGGUGAUGCCGUGAACAAGAACUUAGUGGUGGGCACGCUGGCCUGGCCCACGCCGUGGGUCAUAGUGAUUGGGUCCUUCUUCUCUACAUGUGGAGCAGGUUUGCAAAGUCUCACUGGAGCUCCACGUCUCCUUCAAGCCAUCGCCAAGGACAACAUUAUUCCAUUCCUCAGGGUGUUUGGUCACGGAAAGGCAAAUGGAGAACCCACCUGGGCUCUUCUGCUCACAGCCCUGAUUGCCGAACUCGGCAUUCUCAUUGCCUCCCUUGAUAUGGUGGCCCCAAUCCUUUCUAUGUUUUUCCUAAUGUGUUACCUGUUUGUCAACCUGGCCUGUGCGGUGCAGACUCUCUUAAGAACUCCAAACUGGCGUCCCAGAUUUAAGUAUUACCAUUGGGCCCUGUCCUUCUUAGGGAUGAGUAUCUGCCUUGCCCUGAUGUUCAUCUCCUCCUGGUAUUACGCAUUAGUAGCCAUGCUCAUUGCCGGCAUGAUCUACAAGUACAUUGAAUAUCAGGGGGCAGAGAAGGAAUGGGGUGAUGGUAUCCGGGGCCUGUCUCUAAGUGCUGCCCGCUAUGCUUUGCUGAGAUUGGAAGAAGGUCCUCCCCAUACCAAGAACUGGAGACCCCAAUUGUUGGUAUUGCUGAAACUGGAUGAGGAUUUGCAUGUGAAAUACCCCAGGCUCUUGACAUUUGCUUCGCAACUGAAGGCCGGGAAGGGGUUGACCAUUGUUGGGACUGCAAUACAAGGCAACUUUCUGGAAAGUUAUGGAGAAGCCCAGGCAGCUGAGCAGACCAUCAAGAAUAUGAUCGAGAUUGAGAAAGUCAAAGGAUUUUGCCAAGUUGUUGUAGCUAAUAAGGUCCGUGAUGGCAUUGCCCACUUGAUACAGUCCUGUGGAUUGGGUGGCAUGAAGCACAACACAGUGGUUUUGGGGUGGCCCUAUGGCUGGAGGCAGAGUGAAGAUCCUAGAUCUUGGAAGACCUUUAUAGGGUGGAUCGUGCAUGAUGGAGGCAUGUUGAUGCUGCUUCCGUUUCUCCUCAAACAGCAUAAAGUCUGGCGAAAAUGCAAAAUGCGAAUUUUCACCGUGGCCCAGAUGGACGACAACAGCAUCCAAAUGAAGAAAGAUCUGGCCGUCUUCCUUUACCACCUCCGAAUUGAGGCUGAUGUAGAAGUGGUGGAAAUGCAAAACAGCGACAUCUCGGCCUACACUUACGAGCGGACCUUGAUGAUGGAACAGAGAUCUCAGAUGUUAAGGCAGAUGCGGCUGACCAAAACGGAAAGAGAAAGGGAGGCUCAGCUGGUGAAAGACAGACACUCAAUCAUAAGAUUGGAGAGCCUUUACUCCGACGAGGAGGAUGAAGGGGAAGCAAUCCCAGAAAAGAUCCAGAUGACUUGGACGAAAGCUAAACACGACUCUGAGAAUCAGAUCGGAAAUAGUGUGGUGGAGCACUUCAAAGAACUUAUCAGUCUUAAACCUGACCAGUCAAAUGUCCGAAGGAUGCACACUGCUGUGAAGUUGAAUGAAGUCAUUGUCAAUCGGUCCCAUGAUGCUCGACUUGUUCUUCUCAACAUGCCUGGUCCACCCAAAAACACAGAGGGGGAUGAAAACUACAUGGAAUUUCUUGAAGUUUUAACUGAAGGUUUGGAGCGUGUGUUGCUGGUUCGAGGUGGAGGCCGAGAAGUCAUUACUAUUUACUCCUGAUCCAACAAGAUUCGCUCUAGUUACUGUUCUACCUGCUUGGCGAGAAAAGACAUUCCAGAUGGAGAGGAUUCCGACUUCUCUUGCUUUCUGUUCCUUGGUUUUCACACGUGCGCACCAAUACACUACAGAUGUGAAUUCGAAUUCCAGUGAAUUCUUCCAUUGGCCAUGUAUCUGAGUAUUUCCGCCAGGGACACACAUUUAAUCACAAAGCUGGGGUGCCAGUUCGUUUCUGGUUUUCUAUUCUGACAGAUUUCUGUGCAGUUUCAAUGCAGAAGCUUUCCAUGUAUUUUUUUCCCCCCCCAAAAAAAACCAAGUACGAAAUGUUAAGGUGUUUACAUUGCUAAAGGAAGACUGAAUUUGGUUAUUAGAUAACAGGAUUUAAAAACAAACCAUUUCUCUGUUAGGAUUUCAGGAGGGCUUUUAUAGAACUGCUAUGUUUUUUUUCCUGCUCAGUAUUUUCUACAUGAAAAGAACCCUGCAUUGUUUUUAAAAGGUGUGUGUGUAUAUAUAUAGUUUUUGUAAACCCACCAUAGCCACAAUUUCAGUGUUGGAUAAGAAUUUAUACUUCACCGGUUUUAAAUUAUAACAUUAUGGUUUCUUGCAGUGUUACAUACAAAACUGGGGGUCUCAGAUUGAAAUAGACCCUCUAUGACCUAUUUAUUUUUUUUCCUAUUUAUUAGAAUCAGUGGCAAUAAAAAUAUCACCUAGAGUAAUUUGUUAAGGUUGUGUUGCUGCAAUAAGAGAGCCUGCUGGCAGCUAAAUUUGCAACUGCCAACUAGGGGUGUUUUUUUAAAGGGUAUUUUUUAAAUGUUUACUGCUAUCUUUGUCCUCUUCCAAACUGCAGGCAAAUAUAUAGCUCACACUUAUCUAAACUUGUUAAGUACACAAUAUGCUCGCUACAGUUCGAAGAGUGAUAAACAUUAAGAAAAGGACAUUUUAUACUCGAAACGUAGUUUUUUAAAAUUAGUUUUCACAUCCGUUCAUUUGUACUUAUUGUACAGGUCUGUAUCUCUCUCUUUUUUCCAAUAAAACAUUGCAUACUUUUGAAUCUGUA